AUGAAUAAUAAUAAUAAUACUUCUACAACCACGCCCUCCCCAAGCCCGGGCCCAACACCAACCGAUGAUGUGAUUUUCGCGCGAACGGUAACAAAGACUGCUGCUGGAGUCAAGCGAAAAAGAGGACCGACUGCAAAAUACUAUGCUGUGAAGAGGGGCUUUAUCCCAGGAGUGUACUUUAAUUGGAAUGACUGUCUUGCUCAGGUUACGGGUUUCAAAAAUGCAGACUUCAAAACAUUUCCUUCGAUUGACCAGGCCAAUUCGUUUAUCAAGGGCGAGAAAAUCAAUAUUGACACCAAGAACGGCGAGGAGCCAACACGAUUCUAUGGCGUGCAGCGCGGACGAGUUCCCGGUGUUUAUUUGGAUUGGUCAGAAGCACAAGCUCAGAUCAUAGGGUUCGUACGACCUAGAUUCAAAAAGUUUGAAAGUCGAAGGGAGGCCGAAGAAUUCGUGCAAAUAGGACAGAAGGAGGCUGGAAAGGACGCUCCGGCCCCAGCCCCAGUCCCCGGCACGACGGCGACGAACCCCAGGGAUGAGAAAGGCGAGGAAGUAGCUGCUGGAAUUGCACCUCUCCCGCCGAAUGCCGAGGAUGGAUUCGAUCCCAACGUUCUGCUUGAGCCUGCUACUGGCAAGGUUGUGUACAGAGCUCCGGAUCAGAAGAAGGAAACGAAAACACAACCUACGGCGCCUCCGGGAAUGCUGCGAAUCUAUACAGAUGGAAGCUCGCUUGGGAAUGGGCACAAAGGUGCACAAGCGGGUGUGGGCGUUUAUUUUGGUCCUGGCGAUACAAGCAGAAACGUCUCUGAGCCGCUCAAGGGCAGUCGCCAGACAAACCAACGCGCCGAACUGACGGCAAUCCUACGCGCUCUCGAAAUUGCACCACGACAUCGGCCCGUGACGAUUGUCACUGACAGCCGGUAUUCCAUCGAUUGUGUGACUACUUGGUUCCACAAAUGGGUUCGCAACAACUGGCAAACAUCAGACAACAGACCGGUAGAGAACAGGGACCUGAUCCAGGCAGUCCUGGUCAAGAUCAAUGAGCGCGAGUCCCUCAAAGUGACCACCAACUUUGAAUGGGUCAAGGGACAUAACCGCCAUUUCGGGAAUGAAGAAGCAGACAAACUCGCUGUGGGUGGCGCACGCAAGGGUGCUGCAGGUGCUGCAGGUGGUUCUGUAGCUAGUCCAGAGGUUGCAGAUGAUAUUCCGGAGGAACUGGCUGAUGAACUUGCUGACGAAGAUGACGAUAUAUAA